GUGUACUCUAACGAUGAGGAGAUGGCAAAGGCCCUACAGCGUGAAUUUGACCGCGAGUACGAUCUAUCCGUGAGAUUGAACCAGGAAAAGCAGAAGGGAAAGAAGAGUAUUGCUACAGUGACGGUGACACCAGACCGUUACUGUCCAAAAACCACGCAAGACUCUGAUCAGUCUAGCGACGAUGAGGAUUUGAGACAAUUUGCGACGGAAAUGCUCUAUACUAAGUUGUCGGGUGAUGCUCCGGUUCAUAGCGGAAACGUUUACCGUAACGCUGAAGGAGAGUUAAUUACUAAACAUAAUGCAAGUUUGUCGGCGAAACGUAACGCGGACAAAGCUAUGAAUGUCACGUUUAAGCAACCACCUUUUAGGACAAAGUCAAUCUGGCUUUUGGUGAUAUGUGUAAUGAAAAGAUCAACAGCCGAGUCUACAACUCUCUCAGGAAUUUCUCGAAGACUGAAACAAAGAGACAGCACAAACUAA